AAUAUCCAACAGGCCAAGGAAGGGCCUAGGCUCCACUGCAAAACGCCGCCCCAGCGAAAGAGCAGAGAAACUAGGCCCUCGCUUCCUCGCUGGACCAGAUGGAAGGCGGCGGCGGCCGCCGCGGCGCCGGUGCCGGCAGACGCGUGAAGGUGGUGGGGCAAGUAGAGCGGGUGGACGGGCGGUCGCUGACCUACCCGGAAUUCGUCGAGCGCUUCAUGAAGCCAAACCUUCCCGUCGUCCUCACGGGCCUCACCUCCUUCUGGCGAUCCUGCGAGGACUGGACACUUGCCACUCCCGACGACCGCUGCCGCCCCAACCUCGCCUUCUUCGCCCAAAACUUCCCCUCCCCCCUUGUUCAGGUUGCCGACUGUUCCUCCAGGGAGUUCACUGACCAGAAGCGGCUCGAGAUGUCCAUGCAAGAAUUUGUGGACCACUGGGUUGGCAAAUUUUGCAAUGGUUCAACCAACGGUGAUUCUGAAGGUUCCCUGCUUUACCUGAAGGAUUGGCAUUUUGUUAAGGAGUACCCUGAUUAUGUUGCAUACACCACACCAACAUUCUUUGUUGAUGAUUGGCUCAACAUGUAUCUUGACAGUCAUCCCAUGCAUAGAGAUCCUGACAUUGCCAAUCAUAAGAAUGAAAUAAACUGUGCUGACUAUCGUUUUGUUUACAUGGGAGCAAAAGGGACUUGGACUCCUCUUCAUGCUGAUGUUUUUAGGUCAUACAGCUGGUCGGCAAAUGUGUGUGGGAGAAAACUAUGGCUGUUUCUACCGCCAUCACAAAGUCAUCGUAUUUUUGAUAGGAACCUACGAUCAUCGGUCUAUGACAUAAAUGAUGAUGUUUCUGGAAAGCAGUUUCCUGAAUUCAAUAAGACUGAAUGGCUAGAGUGCAUACAAGAGCAGAAUGAAAUUAUUUUUGUGCCCAGUGGGUGGUACCACCAAGUCCAUAAUCUAGAGGAUACUAUAUCUAUCAACCAUAAUUGGUUCAAUGCAUACAACCUUCAUUGGGUGUGGAACUUGCUGCAUGAAGACUACAAAGUUGCAAAAGAAUAUAUUGAAGACAUCCGCGAUAUAUGUGACGAUUUUGAGGGGCUUUGUCAACGCAACUUGGCAGCAAAUACAGGCAUGAACUUCUAUGAUUUCUUCAUUUUUAUAACACGGUUUGUUUUAGCCAAUGUAAUUGAGCUUUACCAUAUCCAAAAGCCAGAAGAUGCCAAAUUUAAUUCAUCAGAAACCACUCACCCUUUUGUGUAUAACCUUAUGUCAAUUCGAGAUGUUGCAUCUGAAAUGAUAUCUACAGAGGCUUUCAGUACUGAGAACCUUUGUAUUAUAUCAAAAGAAAACAGGAGUGCUGUCUCAGAUGUUACAAAAAUAUUAGAAGAAUAUGGUUUUAGAAGGCUAUGGAUGUCAUUGUCAGAGGCAUAUGAACACAUUAGCAGGGGGCAAAGAAAUUGUCAUGAAAUCAGGUAUUUAAAUCAGAAAGGCUGUCUGUCAGUGGCCUGCUUGAAAUCUGAUUGUACUGUUGUUGAUCACAUUACUUCUUUGGUAUGUGAAAUUCAUGGACCUGAGGAUCUGGUGAGGCUAAUUGAUACUGCUCUAUAUGAUGGUUAGUUGUAAGCGCAUAAUGGAUGUGUAAACUUGCUUGAAGUACUGUACCACUGUUUGAUUUUCAUAGAUUGUCCAAUUUGGAAGGACACUAUGCAUGGUAUUCCCAUCAGUUACCAAAA